AAUUCUUCCAAUCGACCCCAACGACUGCUCACACCUCCGGACUGUACACACGAAUUUCUAUUAAGCGACGACAACAUGGAUCUUGCCCUCUCACUCAUCGCGCGGGACGAAGCCGCUUCCGUACCUUCCAAUGACACUGAUAUGACGCCCGAGAUGAGAGCACAAAUGCAAUUCAUGCAACUCAGGAGACAAUGCAUCAAGAAGUUCGAUCCCGUCAAAUGCUCUAUGGACUACGCCAUGCUUCGCUACCGACCCAGCAUUGCCGGAAACUCGAUAUACUUGGUGUGCUUCGUGAUUCUGCUCGCCGCCCAUCUUUUCUUUGGCGUUCGCAAAAAGACGUAUAAAUACUGCGGGGUGGUCUGUCUCGGUAUCGUCGGCGAGAUUGCUGGAUAUGUAGGACGCCUCAUGCUGUACAACAACCCAUACAACAUGGACAAUUUCUUGAUGAAUCUUGUUCCUCUUACUAUUGCGCCAGCUCUGUUCACAGGCGGUAUCUACCUAUGUCUUGGACGUGUCAUCACAGCGAUUGGCGCCGAGAAUUCCCGCAUCAAGCCCAAAAUGUAUACCUACAUCUUCGUGGGAGCAGAUCUCGUAUCUCUUAUCCUUCAAGCCAUCGGUGGUGCGAUGGCAUCAAUGGCUAACGACGAUGAUGGCCGUGAUCUCGGAGUCAACAUUAUGAUUGCUGGUCUCAUAUUCCAAGUCGUCUCCAUGUCUCUCUUCGGUAUCUGGGGCGACUUUGUUCUUCGCACAAACAAGGCAAAGAAGAACGGCACCCUUUCGCGGAUCCAGCCUCCUCUAUACAGCCAGCUUCGCAGUAGCGGAAACCUGAAGUGGUUCCAGUGGAGUCUUGCUGUUGCCACUAUUCUCAUCUACAUUCGGUGCAUUUACCGUGUCGCCGAACUCUGGGGCGGAUUCCAAAGUCAUCUUGCUAAUGACGAAGUGACAUUCAUGAUAUUCGAGGGGCCUUUGAUUAUUAUUGCGGUCAGCGCCAUGGCAAUGUUCCACCCCGGUCGCGUCUUUGGAAAGGAGUUGUGGGUCGCUGCGGGUAAAGGAGUUCGCUCGGCGGAGAAGAACUCGGACUCCUUCGACCUCAGCACAGAGAAUCUACGAAGUCAUGUGUAG